AUGUCCACAAAGAGUCUUGCUGGGCACAUACAAGAAAAGAUACAGCCGCUGGUGGUGCCAGCUAUUCUUGAACGUGAAGAAAUAAGUGGCUUGACAAGCCAGAUAGCUAGUGGAAAGAGAGGAAGAGCUGUGUUGUCAUCAAGAGAUUCUGAGCCAUUUUUGGGUGUACAGAAGUCAUUGGAUGCACUCUUGCAGGAACUAAAUUAUAUCUAUAAAAUUAUGGGGAACCAUGGUGUUGACCCAGAACUUACUGUCCAGAUGUUUCGGCAGUAUACUGAUGUGCCAAGCACAUUACAGCCCAUAAUUCAGGCUGCCCACUUGCUACAGGCUCGUAAGCUGGAUGAGAAUGUUCAGGAUGUAUGCAGUAUGUGUGAUAAACUUUCAAUGUUGCAGAUAAUCAAAAUACUCAAUCUGUAUACAACCAUUGAUGAAUCUGAAGAAUGUGUUCCUGUCAGCUUUAUUCGCAGAAUACAGGCAAAGCUCCUGGAAAGAUGUGAACCUCAGAAAAAGGCCACAUUGCUGAUGGACACAAAAUUCAUGUUCCCAGUAAGAUUUCCUUUUAAUCCAUCAAAAAUCAAGCUUGAAGAUAUAGAAGUACCAGAGGUGUUGAACCUACCAAUGCUAAAGAAAGUUUAA